AGCUGUUAGGGAUUGAUAUUGGACCGCUCACUUUCAGUUAUUCCGAACUAAAGUCGGCUACAAAUGACUUUAGUCCGGAAAACAAGCUUGGAGAGGGAGGAUUUGGACCUGUCUAUAAAGGUACCCUUCACGAUGGAAGAGUAAUUGCCGUGAAGCAAUUGUCUGCAGCAUCCCACCAAGGAAAGAGCCAAUUUGUAACUGAGAUUGCCACUAUAUCUGCCGUGCAACACAAUAACCUUGUGACUUUGUAUGGGUUCUGUGCUGAGGGAGUAAAAAGGCUCCUUGUCUAUGAGUAUUUGGAAAACAAUAGUCUUGAUCAAGCAUUGUUUGGAAAGAAAAAUCUGAACCUUGAUUGGUCAACACGAUUUGACAUAUGCUUGGGAGUGGCUAGAGGUUUAACUUAUCUUCAUGAGGAAUCAAGGCUUCGUAUAGUUCAUAGGGACGUGAAGGCCA